AGUACACGCAUUGUCUUAGGCCACCUGCCUCGAACCUCGAGUUCGGAGCGGCACACGAUCAACCUGCUGAGACCUGCCUCUUCUCUCCGAGCCUAACCCGACCCAACAUACUCUCCUGGCAAAUCGAGGAACCGCAGAACGAAAUUCAAGGAUAUAAUAGUUGUCAUGUCUCGACGUCCUCCGAACCCUGCUGCCGAGCGCGCGGCGCAGAACCAACAGACCAUCAAGAACCUUUUGAAACUGGAGCCAAACAAGGUGUGCGCGGACUGCAAGCGCAACAAACAUCCGAGAUGGGCGAGCUGGAAUCUCGGCGUCUUCAUCUGCAUCCGCUGCUCGGGCAUCCACCGCGGAAUGGGUACCCAUAUCAGCCGGGUCAAGUCUGUCGAUCUCGAUGCCUGGACCGACGAGCAACUGCAAAGCGUCCUUAACUGGGGUAACGCACGCGCUAACAAAUACUGGGAAGCGAAGCUGGCCCCAGGACAUGUCCCUUCCGAGGCCAAAAUCGAGAACUUUAUCCGCACAAAGUAUGAGCUCAAACGAUGGGUCAUGGAAGGGCCGAUGCCCGAUCCCUCGACUCUUGACGCCGAAGGGGACGACGACUUGCCGCUUAGUGUCGUCAAGGAGAAGCAGAGUGUGGAUCAGAGGGAGUCUCUUCGCAAGGCGUCAGUGGGCAAAACCGCCGCACCGCAGGCUGAUCUUAUCGGAGCCGAACCCACCCCUGCGCCAGCACCGCUCCGAGCCAGUAGCACCGGGCCGAUGGCCAUGAAGCUUCCUCCAAAGUCGGAGCCCGCUCCACCCAAGGCAACUAGCACGAAGGACUCUCUUCUUGGACUAGAUUUUUUGGGGACCGAAUCUGCCCCCCCUGCACGGCCUGCAAGCACAACUGGAACCCCUAGUGGUGGAGGCCAGUCACGCCCGGAUCUUAAGCAGUCCAUCCUCUCCCUCUAUGCGACGGCUCCUCGUCCCCAACCCCCGCCGCAACAAGUGUCCCAUACGCCAUCGGGAUCGCUCAGUGGAAUGUCGCCGCCAGUCACGAGUCAGAGACAGAACUCAGUUGGCGGACUCAAUGACGCUUUUAGCAGUCUCAGUUUCGCGAACUCGACAUCCCCAAAACCUCCUCAAAACGACGCCUUCUCUGCUCUCGGUACAUUCAAUUCCCCCCGCCCAGCAGCAGCUCAGUCAAGCAGCACUUCUACCUUUGCGGGUUUGAGUGGUGGCAGCUUCUUCGAUCCUAAGCCCCAAACAUCUGCUCACCAAGCGAAGCAAUCCAUUGGGAACUCCUCUAGCUGGGGAUCUGUUGCUUCACCACCAGCGCCCAAACCUGCUCCAGCACCUGCAUCAGCCGCAUUGGGAGACUUAUUUGACUUCUCCGCACCCUCUCAACCCAUCGCGGCUCCAGCCAAGCAACCGGUAAUGGCGUCAACUACGACGACAACUUCUACAUCUGUCUUCAAUCUUUCUGCCACUCAGCCUAAGGCGUCCUCCCUAACUGCGAGCUCCACGACAACCUCUAACCCGCUGGGCUCCAUCGGUUCGCUAGGCACGAACAACUUAUCCAAUGCAGAUGUCUGGGGUGGAAACGCAUGGGCUACUCCUGAAGCGCCCAAGCUCAGCCCAGAGCCGCCCAAACCAACUACUACAUCGAACGAUUUCGGAUGGGACUCACUCGCCAGCAAACCCAUCGUUCCCGGUGCAUCCGGGGGUUUCGCACCCAAGGUAGCCGCCGACGAGGAGUUUGGCGGCUGGACUAGCAGCACAACUCCGGCAGCGACAACCAGCACAUCUAAGUCGGCCGGAGGAUUUGGCGGCGAGGAUCUGUUCUCGAAUGUCUGGCAAUAGAACAACGGCAGAUGGUGUACUAGUUGGCCGUGAGCCGUUUCUGAAACCACAUAAAACAGGAUAACCCGUACAAAGACGAAUAUGGUCAUUUGGGAGGUGGCUUCUGAUCAUUUCAGGGGCUGUAAAGCAGGAACUGUGGUAGGUUGCGUUUGAGCUAAGGGGGAGCAAGAAACAACGCGGGGGCAAUGGCCUCGUCCGGCUUCAUGUUACCCAUAGACUGUCCAUACCAAACCAAUAAACCAUCAACAUUCAUAUUCCAGGUCUUCGGGGUGUGGGGGAACGAGGGAGGGGAGAAGGAGUAUAUAGCUGUGGCCGAGCAGUGUUAGCAGGCGGUCUUCCUAUCCAGCUAACUACGAAACCCUUUAGCUUCCCGCCAUUUUUUUCCAUGUCACAUUGGCUUGUUUCAUCAACAGAACUUCGAGAUUCGGGCAGGUUCAACCGAAUUGUACAUUAGUCUCGCUGAGACAAG